GAGACGGCAGGGGGAGCUCGGGCACUUCUCGCCGAGGCCGAAACUCUCCGACUGGCUCCCGGCCGCCGCCAGGAGCCCCACGGCUUGAUGGGAACGGUAAACCUGCGUGACCCGUUACGUGCCCGCCCCGCCCCGCCCGUGGGUCGCCCGCGAAAUCUGAGCCGGGGUGCGGAGGUCCAAUGGAAAGGUGGGGCCAAGUCCCGCGAGAGCGAGCGGCUCUUAGCGACCGACCCGGCUGAGAGAGGCUGUGCAGGCAGCCGCGGCGUGUCCACCUCCCCAGCUCGCCUGCCGGGGGUCUUCCGCCCCCUCCCGGAAGCAGGAGGAAGGCCCCGGCGCGUUCUCCAGGUCUGCGUCCGGGAGCCGAGCGGACUUCGGGGUCGUGUCGGCCAAGCGGGACGAGGGUUGGGGCCGAGGCCGGUGUCCCUGCUUCCUCGGCAGCAUGAGCGCACCCGGGGCGCCCGGGUUAGCCCCGGCCUGCCUUGCUGAGGACCAGGCCCCCGCUCAGGCAUCCCCGGCGGAUGAAAAUACGCAUCCCGCAGUGUUGCCGCCACCGCCACCGCCACCGCCACCGGCUGGGGACGACCCUCCCCGCUCGUCUCCGGAUCGCACGGCUCGUUCCCAGGAGCCGGGGGAGGGCGGCUCAGCUUCUGCCUCCACCGCCCCGGAGGCGGGCUUCGCUGCUUCUGGCGCGUUGAGCCCUGGAAUCGAGGAGCCAGCACUUUGUGAAAACGUGAGCCUUCCUGCAGAAGAAGCGAACGGGCCGGAGUCGGGGCCCGGAGAAGCCGUGGAAGGUGUGUCUGAGGACCCCGCCCCGGAGGACGAGGGAUACACCGCUUGGAACUACAGCUUCUCCCAGCUACCUCGGUUUCUCAGUGGUUCCUGGUCAGAGUUCAGCAGCCAUCCCGAGAACUUCUUGAAAGGCUGUAAGUGGGCCCCUGAUGGUUCCUGCAUCUUGACCAAUAGUGCCGAUAACAUCCUGCGGAUUUAUAACCUACCCCCGGAGCUGUACAAUGACGGGGAGCAGCUGGAAUAUGCAGAGAUGGCCCCUGUCCUUCGCAUGGUGGAAGGCGACACCAUCUAUGAUUAUUGUUGGUAUUCUCUGAUGUCUUCAACCGAGCCAGACACCUCCUACGUGGCCAGCAGCAGCCGGGAGAACCCCAUUCACAUCUGGGAUGCAUUCACCGGAGAGCUCCGGGCUUCCUUUCGGGCCUACAACCACCUGGACGAGCUGACGGCAGCCCACUCGCUCUGUUUCUCCCCGGAUGGCUCCCAGCUCUUCUGUGGCUUCAACAGGACCGUGCGCGUCUUUUCCACGGCCCGGCCUGGCCGUGACUGUGAGGUCCGAGCCACGUUUGCCAAAAAGCAGGGCCAGAGUGGCAUCAUAUCCUGCAUAGCCUUCAGCCCAGCCCAGCCCCUCUAUGCCUGUGGCUCCUACGGCCGGUCCCUGGGUCUCUAUGCCUGUGAUGGUGGCUCCCCUCUUGCCUUGCUGGGAGGACACCAAGGAGGUGUCACUCACCUCUGCUUCCACCCCGAUGGCAACCGCUUCUUCUCAGGAGCCCGCAAGGAUGCCGAGCUGCUGUGCUGGGACCUCCGGCAGCCUGGUCACCCACUGUGGUCCCUGAGUCGAGAGGUGACCACCAAUCAGCGCAUCUACUUCGAUCUGGAUCUGACUGGGCAGUUCUUAGUGAGUGGCAGCACUAACGGGGCUGUGUCUGUGUGGGACACCAGCGGGGCUGGACAGGAGGCGAAGCCGGAGCCCGUGCUGAGUUUUCUGCCCCAGAAGGACUGCACCAAUGGAGUGAGCCUGCACCCUAGCCUGCCAUUGCUGGCUACCGCCUCGGGUCAGCGCGUGUUUCCGGAGCCCGCAGAGAGUGAGGACGAGGGCGAGCAGGACGCAGACCUUCCCCUGCUUUCCAUGCGCGGCGUCCACCUUGAAUGUCAGCUUCAGCUCUGGUGGUGUGGGGGGGGUCCCGGCGCCAGGGCGGCUGAUGCUCACCAGGGCAAGAAGGGGCCGGGAGGGACUCAGGAAGGCGGGGACGAGUUUGUAUAAAAAGGUUCUA